AGUUCUAGAAAAUCUUUUUUGUCUUAGACUCUAAAUAUUUUUCAUAAAACAAAUACAUUUUUUCUAUAUAAAAGCUGGAUAUUUUUUCAUUCUUAAAUAUUGAUGUCAUUUUCCCAAAUGCAAUACUAAGAUGAAGUAAUACCAGAGUUGAGAGUUGUUCAUUAUCAGAAAAGUGAUACCAGUUGUAAUAACAAGUUAAUUGAUUAGAAUUUUUUAUUUUAUUUUUUUGGCAAAAGAAAAAGUUGAAAUAGUUAAUUGUUUCAAAAAGAAAAAAUUGUAAUAGUUAAUUAUUAUAUUCAUUUUCAUCUCACAAAAGUUCAGCAUCAUCAAAAAAGAAAAGAAAAGAAAAGAAACUUUUCUUCAUUUCCUUCUCUGCGUUACUGCAUCUUCUCAAUUCUCAAGAAUUCAGACAAGGGACACAAAGGAAAAUCAAUGUGCUCUGUCUCUAAGAACCAUAACAUUCUAUCCUUGAUGCAUUGGCACACAGGUUUUUGUUGUGCCUUAUUAUCUUUUGAAUAGACAAAUGUUAGUGGUUAUGUUAGAUUCCAGGGUUUAAAUCUCGGACCUCCUUCGGUGUCGCAUUUAACAAAUUCUAACUAGCCAAGGAAGUGCUAUUUUAGUUCAUAUUUCAUCCUAAUUUUAAGGCUUACUAUGGAGAAUACAUCAAAAGUGUUGAUGCAAAGAUAUGAAUUAGGAAGAUUACUAGGCCAAGGAACAUUUGGAAAAGUUUACUAUGGAAGAAGUACAGUAACUAACCAAAGUGUAGCUAUUAAAAUGAUUGACAAGGAUAAGGUUAUAAAAAAUUACCAAGCUGAUAGCAUAAAAAGGGAAAUAUCGAUCAUGAGACUCGUAAAACAUCCCAAUAUCAUACAGCUUUUUGAGGUCAUGGCUACAAAGAGCAAGAUUUACUUUGUUAUUGAAUAUGCUAAAGGUGGCGAGCUUUUCAAGAAAGUAUCAAAAGGAAAGCUCAAAGAAGAUAUUGCACACAAAUAUUUCAAGCAGUUAAUUAGUGCAGUUGAUUAUUGUCACAGUAGAGGAGUAUACCAUAGAGACAUAAAGCCAGAAAACAUUCUAUUAGAUGAGAAUGAAAAUCUGAAAGUAUCAGAUUUUGGUUUAAGUGCUUUUGCUGAAUCAAAAAGGCAAGACGGUUUGUUACAUACAACUUGUGGAACACCUGCUUAUGUUGCUCCGGAAGUCAUCAAAAGGAAGGGUUAUGAUGGUUCCAAAGCUGAUAUUUGGUCUUGUGGAGUUGUUCUUUUUGUUUUGCUUGCUGGUUAUGUACCUUUUAAUGACAUCAAUUUGAUGGACUUGUAUAGAAAGAUAAGUAAUGCAGAGUUUAAGUGUCCUAAUUGGUUUCCGAGAAAUGUUAGGAAACUAUUGUGUAAGAUGUUGGAUCCAAAUCCUGACACUAGGAUAUGUAUAGAUAACAUUAAACAAUGUUCUUGGUUUAAGUAUGGAUCAAAUGGUAGACAGAAAAAACAAGUGGAAAACAAUACUAUCUCUUCCUUGGCUACAAACUCUGUAGCACCGACACAUCUGAUUGAAGGUGUGUCGGUGUCCGACACCGACACGACACCUACACAUGUGACAAAUCAUUCUGAUGAAAGGGAUGAAACUGAAAAGCAAGAGUUGGUUGUACCUGUGAGCAUAAAUGCCUUUGAUAUUAUCUCUCUUUCAACUGGUUUUAAUCUAUGUGGAUUCUUUGAAGACAGUUUUAAGAAAAAGGAAGCUAGGUUUACUUCGAGACAACCCGCAUCGAUAAUUAUUUCGAGGAUGGAAGAGAUUGCUAAGAGACUGAAGAUGAAAAUAAAGAAAAGGGCGGCUGGUUUAUUGAAAUUAGAGGGAGUUGAUGAAGGUAGAAAAGGGAUAUUGUGUAUUGAUGCUGAGAUUUUUGAGGUUACUCCAUUUUUUCAUUUGGUUGAAGUGAAAAAAUCAAAUGGAGAUACAUUGGAAUAUCAGAAAAUACUGAAUGAUGACAUUAGGCCUGCGCUUCAAGAUAUUGUUUGGGUUUGGCAAGGUGAAUUACAAGAACAAUCUCAACAGUCCGGGCAGCAGUAGCAUCAGCAACAGGCAAAGUCGGAAGAUCCUUCGUUUUUAUUUUUAUUUUUGCAUUUCCUACUAUGCAAAUUUUUCAAAAAUAAUGUUGAUUCUGGUUAUCUUUCAUGUGUUUAAUAAUGCCAUGACCUUAUUGUAACAUAAUAUUGUUUAUCUAAUUUGGCAUGUAAAUGUUAGUGUCGCAUUUUAUGUAUAGUUUGAUGGAUAAAAACCAGUCCUAGUGUCUUCUCAUGUGUUAAAGACAUGAGUAUUGAAUUGUUUUCAUCA